GACAUUUCCCCUGACUUUCCAGGCCCCAGUCCCUCCCUCCCAGGUCCUGAGGAUCCUAGAUCUUCGCUCUCGAGGCUGUUCAGUUCGACUGUCUCUCCCCUGGCACCUGCUAAGAAGGACAAAAACAAUCCCAGCCAGCAUAGAGUGUCAGGGAGUCCCCGCCCCUCCUCCUGUGCUUCCUCCUCCCCUGCCCCUCCUUCAGGCCCCGCCCCCACCUGCCCAGGAUAAUUUGUUUCCUUGGGCCAGGAGCCUGGACAACAGAAGCUCAGCCUGGCCCCACUUCUGCGUCCAAAGUCAGGACACCCUCCUACCACCUGUAGAGAAGAGGGAGCGGAUUUGAAAUCAAGUCCAGGUAUCUGAUGUUCCUAGACAGAGCCGGACUUCGAACCCUGUGUCCUGCUGGGGCUCCUCCAGAUGUCAUGGAGCUGGGUCUGUCUCCACCUCAUCUCAGCAGCUCCUCAGAAGACCUGUACCUGGCCCCUGGGACCCCUCCUGGGACUCCCCCGCCUCCCGAUGUUCUUCUGUCUGGGGAGGUGAAGAGGUCCCAGCCUCUGCCCAUUCCGACCAGCAGGAAACUUCUUCGACAGGAGGAGCUGCGGUCAACCUCUCUACCCUCCAUCCCCAACCCCUUCCCCGAGCUCUGCAGUCCUCCUUCACAGACCCCCAUUCUUGGGGGGCCCUCCAGUGCAAGGGGGCUGCUCCCUCGAGACACCAGCUGCCCCCAUGUCAUAAAGGUGUACAGCGAAGAUGGGGCCUGCCGGUCAGUGGAGGUGGCAGCGGGCGCCACGGCUCGCUACGUGUGUGAGAUGCUGGUGCAGCGAUCUCAUGCCCUGAGUGAUGAGAACUGGGGGCUGGUGGAGUGCCACCCCCACCUAGCACUGGAGCGGGUCUUGGAGGACCACGAGUCGGUGGCGGAAGUGCAGGCUGCCUGGCCCAUCGGCGGAGACAGCCGCUUUCUCUUCCGGAAAAACUUUGCCAAGUACGAGCUGUUCAAGAGCACCCCACACUCCCUGUUCCCAGAAAAGAUGGUCUCCAGCUGUCUGGACGCACACACGGGCAUAUCCCACGAAGACCUCAUCCAGAACUUCUUGAAUGCAGGCAGCUUCCCAGAGAUCCAAGGCUUCCUGCAGCUACGGGGGUCAGGACGCAAGCUUUGGAAACGCUUCUUCUGCUUCCUACGCCGGUCUGGCCUCUAUUACUCCACCAAGGGCACCUCCAAGGAUCCGAGGCACCUGCAGUAUGUAGCAGAUGUGAAUGAGUCCAACGUGUACGUGGUGACCCAGGGCCGCAAGCUCUACGGGAUGCCCACGGACUUUGGCUUCUGUAUCAAGCCAAACAAGCUUCGAAAUGGCCACAAGGGGCUUCGCAUCUUCUGCAGUGAGGAUGAACAGAGCCGCACCUGCUGGUUAGCCGCCUUCCGCCUCUUCAAGUAUGGGGUGCAGCUGUAUAAGAAUUAUCAGCAGGCCCUGUGCCGCCACCUGCGCCCACCCUGUGUGGGUUCCCCGCCCUUGAGGAGUGUCUCAGACAACACCCUGGUGGCCAUGGACUUCUCUGGCCACGCCGGGCGUGUCAUCGAGAACCCCCGGGAAGCUCUGAGUGCCGCCCUGGAGGAGGCCCAGGCCUGGAGGAAGAAGACGAACCACCGUCUCAGCCUGCCCACCCCGAGCUCGGGCACGAGCCUCAGUGCAGCCAUCCACCGCACCCAGCCCUGGUUCCACGGACGCAUUUCCCGCGAGGAGAGCCAGCGGCUCAUCGGGCAGCAGGGCCUGGUAGACGGCGUGUUCCUCGUCCGAGAGAGUCAGCGGAACCCGCAGGGCUUUGUCCUCUCGCUGUGCCAUGUGCAGAAAGUCAAACAUUACCUCAUCCUGCCGAGCGAGGAGGAGGGGCGCCUGUACUUCAGCAUGGACGAGGGCCAGACUCGCUUCACCGACCUGCUGCAGCUUGUGGAGUUCCACCAGCUGAACCGCGGCAUCCUGCCCUGCUUGCUGCGCCACUGCUGCACCCGCGUGGCCCUCUGACCACCACACAGGCAGGCCUGCGUCUCAGCGCACUCUGGGCUGCCCACCCACCUCCGCUCCUAGGGUGGACUCACAGGGGGCAGAAAGUGGGGCCAGGGUCAUCAUGAAUGGCUGGGGGCUCCCCCACUCCGGUUUCCUACUCUGCUCCUGGCCUCCCUCAGGCCGAAAGUGCUCCCCGCCCGGUCCACCCUUAACUUCUCCUUAAGGGAAGGCACUUGGGUGGGCACCUCCCCUUCAUGGCGCUGCUCUGGGGCAGGGCAUUAUGGGAGAAAUGGGGGCAGCCCAGGUGGUCUUUACACUCCACACUUUGUACAGACUGAGAGGCCAGUUGAUCUCUGUUUUAUACUAGUGACAAUAAAGAUUAUUUUUUGGUA